AGGAGAGGAGAGGGAUGCAGGGAGGAGAGCACACCUUACCUCCCUCCCUUCUCCUUCACUUCUCUCCGUGUCUCUCUCCCUCGUCACUCCGCGGCGGCGACAGCAGCUCCACACACUCCUCCCAGUCGCCGGCCGGCUAACACACACCACAGCGCUAACACACACUAGUACACACUAGAGUGCAUCAUCAUCCGACGGCCCGGACUGCUGCCGGCGAGGAUGAGGCUGUGGUCGCUGGAUCAGUGCGGGGAGACAGUUCUGCUGCUGCUAGCCUUCCUGACGCUAACGCUGUCGCUGGGAAACCUGUCUACCCGAGGCCUGCAGGAGGAAGGGGGCGUGGCCUCCAACAGCCUGGAGGAGGAGCUAGAGGUCACCACCUACUGGUGGGGGGAGUGGGCCACGUGGACGGCGUGCACUAGGACCUGCGGGGGCGGAGUGACGUCACAGGAGAGACACUGUCUCCGCCAGAGGAAGAAGGUUUCUGCAGGGAAGAAGGACAACAUGACGUGUAGCGGAACUCCCAAGAAGUACCACCUCUGCAACACCGAGAACUGCCCCCCCAGUGGGCGGAGCUUCAGGGAACAGCAGUGCUGGUCCUUCAACUCUCAGCUGUACGGAGGCCGGAACUACCAGUGGAAGCCCCUGUACCCGGACGACUACGUCCACAUCUCGUCCAACCCCUGCGAUCUCCACUGCACCACCAGCGACGGCCAGCGGCAGCUCAUGGUGGCGGCGCGAGACGGGACGUCCUGCAAGUACAGCAGCUACCGCGGCGUGUGCGUGGACGGUGCCUGCCAGCCCAUCGGGUGUGACGGCGUCCUCUUCUCCUCCAACACCCUAGAUAAAUGUGGCGUCUGUCAGGGCGACGGCAGCAGCUGCAGCCGCGUCACCGGGAACUUCCGCCGGGGGGCGUCCACGCUGGGUUACUCUCUCAUCACCCAAAUCCCUGAAGGAUCCUGGGACAUCCAGAUCAUCGAGCGGAAGAAAUCAGCGGAUGUUCUCGCCGUGACCGACCAGGCCGGGAACUUCUUCUUCAACGGAGCCUACAAGGUGGACAGUCCCCAGAACUUCCACGCGGCCGGAACCGUGUUCAAGUACCGGCGGCCGAUGGACGUGUACGAGACGGGGAUCGAGUACAUCGUAGCGAAGGGACCCGUCGACCAGGCCGUCAACAUCCUGGUGUGGAACCAGAACGGCCGGACCCCCUACAUCACCUACGAGUACACCGUCCUGCGGGACUCGCUGCCGCCCGUCCCCCCACCGCCGGCCUACACCGGGGAAGCAUCGGCGGAGGCUAGCCCACUAGUCGCCAACGGCCCGCUAGCCGCCAACGGCCCAAUAGCGGCCAACGGCAGCGUGUUUGAGGCCCCUGGGGGCCCGCAGGAGCCGGCCGUGGCCGAGGGCCGGAAUGUCCAGGAGACCAACGAGGUGUACGAGCCGGGGGCCGCCGACUGUGAGGACGGAGCGGCUGCCCGGACGUUUACAGGAACUCAUGUCCUCCACCCUGAUCCUCCUCCAGGAAACAGCAGCCAGGCCACCGCCCAACCCGCCCCUGAUUCCGGGCCCCUGGAGCCCUUGGAGCCCCUGGAACCCCUGGAACCCCUGGAACCCCUGGGACCCCUGGAUCCACUGGAUCCCCUGGAACCCUUGGGACCCCUGGGACCCCUGGGACCCCUGGAACCCGGAGCCGAGUCCACCAACCUGAUCUGGCGGGUCUUGCUGGAGGGCCGGGUCUCCCCGGAGGAGCUGCUCAUCAACAUGUCCACCAACCAGCUGCUGACGGAGGCGGGCGGCCUGUUCCUGCCGGAGGCGGGGCCGGCGCUGGGGGACCUGGGCGGCCUGGAGCGCGACAGCGGCGGCCUGUUCGACCUCAACGGGACGCUAGCCUUCGCCGCCGCGGGACACAAACGCAGCGACAACAGCAGCUCGGACGGCGGCUACCAGAACCGGACGGUGGCCGGCGGCCGGACCUCCGGCAACCGCUCCAACAGAACCAGCGCGUCCGACAGAAACCAGAAGUUCAACCAGAGGAAGAUGAGUCCGGCCGACAUGUAUCGCUGGAAACUGUCGUCGCAGGAGCCGUGUAGCAUGACCUGCUCUAUAGGUGUGUCCAAAUCCUUCGUCACGUGCGUUCGCUACGACGGCGUCGAAGUUCACGACAUGUACUGCGACGCUCUGACCCGACCAGAACCGGUCCACGACUUCUGCAUCGGCCGGGAAUGUCAGCCCAGGUGGGAAGCUAGCAGCUGGAGCGAGUGCUCCCGCACCUGCGGCGAGGGGUUCCAGUUCCGGCAGGUGCGCUGCUGGAAGAUGUUGUCGCCGGGACUGGACAGCUCCGUCUACUCCGACCUCUGCAGCCUCGCCGAGCUGGAGCGGCCGCCGGAGAGACGGCCCUGCAAGAGCCCGGCCUGCGGGCCGCAGUGGGAGGUGGCCGAGUGGGCCGAGUGUCCGGCUAAAUGCGGCCGGAAGGCUCAGGUGACGCGUGACGUCCGCUGCUCCGACGACGCCCGACUGUGCGAACCGACGACCAAACCGCCCAACGUGAAGAACUGCACGGGGCCGCCCUGCGAGCGGCACUGGACGGUGUCGGAGUGGGGGCCGUGCUCGGGCUCGUGCGGCCAGGGGAAGAUGAUCCGUCACGUUUACUGCAAGGCCCCGGAGGGCCGGGUGGUUCCGGAGAACCAGUGCUCGCUGGAGGAUAAACCGCUGGCCGUGCACCCCUGUGGGGAGAAGGACUGCAGCCCGCACUGGCUGAGCCAGGACUGGGAGAAGUGCAACACGACGUGCGGCCGCGGAGUCAAGCGGAGGAUCGUCCAGUGCGUCGGCAUCAGCGCCGGAAAGUUCCAGUUCUUUGAGGAAGACGCGUGUGGAGGCAGCGAGAAGCCGGAAGACGAAAACACCUGCUUUGAGAGGCCGUGCUUCAAGUGGUACACGACGCCCUGGUCGGAGUGUACGAAGACGUGUGGCGUCGGCGUGAGGAUGCGGGACGUGAAAUGCUACCAGGGCAAGGAGCUGGUCCGAGGCUGCGACCCGCUAACCAAACCGGUGGCUAAGCAGACCUGCACCCUGCAGCCCUGCCCCACGGAGCCCCCAGACGAGAGCUGCCAGGACCGUCCGUCCACCAACUGCCUGCUAGCGCUGAAGGUGAAUCUGUGCAGCCACUGGUACUACAGCAAGGCCUGCUGCCACUCCUGCCGCGCGGUGCGGCCGCCGGCCUCGUAGUCACGAUGCUAGCCUCCUCUCUCGGCCUCCAGCAUGAGUUACCGCCGACGUCAGCAACCGCCAACGUCAGUAGCCAGCAGCAUGAGGGCAUCACCAUGAGGAGCUAACGCUAUGAGGAGCUAACGCUAUUAGGAACCAUCCCCAUGAGGAGCAAACAGAACCAGGAACCUUCACCAUGGAGAGCUAACGCUAUGAGGAGCUAACGCUAUUAGGAACAUCACCAUGAGGAGCUAACGCUAUGAGGAGCUAACGCUAUCAGAAUCAGAAUCAGUUUGAACUUUGCCCGACAAGGAAUUUGACUCCGGUUAUUUCGCUCACUGUACCCAGAUUUAAAAAUAGCAGACAGUAAAUAAACAAAUGUGGCACUUAUUAACAUAUAUACAAUUAAAAAAGUGAAAGGUGCAGCAGAAUGAGGUAGAUAUGAUUGUUGGAGCAUGUUACAGCAUAUGAUAGUGUUAUUAUAAUUACUGUUAUUAUUGUUAUUGCACGGUGAUUGGUUUUUGGAACCAUCACCGUGAGAAAUCAACACCAUGAGGAGCUAACGCUAUUAAGAGCUAACGCUAUCAGGAACCAUCACCAUGAGGAGCUUACGCUAUUAGGAGCCUCUUGCUAGUUGCUAGUUACUUGCUAGUUGUACCACAGCGACUGUGACGGUGUGAGGAAGCUAACUGUUAGCUGAUCUGGGUUUUAAUAACUUCUCCAGUGGCUUAUGGGAGUUAUAAUCUCCCACAUUAUAAUUAUUCUUUUUGUUGUUAGAACUAUAAACCCGAUUGUAUCAGCGGUUAUUGAUUAUUUAUGCUGCUAGCUAGACGGCGACGGCUCCUGUCGCGUUUCGUCAUCGGAGUGAAAGAGUCUGUUAAAGCUCAUUAUCCUGCAUGUGUAGAACAUUUUAAAGCUUUUAUUAUUUGUGUUUUAGUUGUAGUGUGACAUCAGGACGUUAACGAUCAUCUUUUCCCGCCCUGCGGGGAUGACGGAGCGUAUUUAUUAGUCGUAGCACAUGUUUAUUUAGCGUUCCUGAUGCUAACUAGCUGACGGUUACCCGUCGGGUCGAUGCCGAUGCCAGUUCUGGUUCUGUUGUGACGCAGCCGGAAAAACAUUCCUGACACUUGAAGUUCAGAUGUAUUUACGUGUAUGUCUCAUGUUAUUAAACUGUUGUGUACUGUGUUUUUAUAUAUAUAUAUAUAUAUAUAUAACUGAUACCUCUACGUGCAAAACUGUGUACUGUUGAUAAUAAAGUGAACGGCCCCAGGUACCGAACUGGAUUUCAAAUACAGAACAGUUCAAAGUUA